AUGCCCACCGAGAGAGACAGCACCCAAAAGCCAUCUGCCGGUGCCGGCAAGCCCGACUGGACCGCCGUGCAGAGUAAGGUCAUGGAUAUCGAGAUCGUCAAUGACCUUCCUGCUUCUGAGCCUGCCGAAAAUCCAUCUCCUCAGCAAGACGAUCGCCCAGCUCCUCGCCGAGUCAACCAAUCGACUUCCCAAGACGUUGUAGCUACGCGUCAAGCUCCGCGUCCUCACCCAACUGGAUCGACCCGUGCUGGCAUUGCCACCUACCAUGAGGACGCCAUCCACGCCAACCGUCUUUACGGAAUCCAGGGCAACAUGUUCGACUUCAACAACGAGGUAAUCCAACCUCUCAUCAAUCUCUUUGCACCAAGGCAGAAAUGCAUGCUGCGACACAACGAUGCAUGGACGGUACUCGAGUUCAUAGGACCCCCGGAUGCUGUCACAUAUGCCCAAGGGCGUGCGUUAAGCCGUGCUACAAAUGGCACCAACAAGGAUGAUACAACUGCUAUCCAUGGCUUGCGAAUUUACUGCUUCCAAGAAUCGACUAGUUCCGGCCGGCCGCAAAGUAUUCAUCCGGUCAUGGUCUCCCUCUUUCGCAUUUAUAGCCAGGAUCCCAACGCCGAGAACGACUUCUUGCGAGAUCCCAUCGAUAACCACGAGUGGAAGGAUUACGUCUUUUAUGACAGAAGGUUCUGA